UAUAUAGUACAUAAUACAACUAACAUAAAUAAUUACAAUAUUCAACAUUUUGCAUUUGUAGCACGGGAGUGACAAAGGGCACAUAUCAUCUUAGUCUACCACCCCAGAUGUGGACUACAGUUGGCCAUCGAGGAACAAUCGAAUCCAAGUGGAUGCAUUUCAUGAGAAGGAUUCUUCCCAAGCACAUAUGCAACACCCUGAAGGAGAUAAAGCCUACGUAUGUGACGUAUGUGAAUACAAGUGUACUACGACCAAUGAUCUCCAGUCACACAUGCGCACUCAUACAGGAGAGAAGCCAUAUGCAUGCAAUAUGUGUAAAUACAGAUGUACUACCUCUAGUAGUCUCAAGCAACACAUGCGCACUCACACAGGAGAGAAGCCAUAUGUAUGCGAUAUCUGUGGGUACAUGAGCUCUGAACUAGGUAGUCUCUAUAGACACAUGCGCACUCAUACAGGAGAUAAGCCAUAUGCGUGCAAUAUGUGUAAAUACAGAUGUACUGAAUCUAAUAGUCUCAAGAAACACAUGCACACUCAUACAGGAGAGAAGCCAUAUGCAUGCAAUAUGUGUAAAUACAGAUGUACUGAAUCUAGUAGUCUCAAGAAACACAUGCACACUCAUACAGGAGAGAAGCCAUAUGCAUGCAAUAUGUGUAAAUACAGAUGUACUAGCUCUAGUCAUCUCAAGAGACACAUGCGCACUCAUACAGGAGAGAAGCCAUAUGUGUGCGAUAUCUGUGGGUACAUGAGCUCUGAACUAAGUCAUCUCCAUACACACAUGUACACUCAUACAGGAGAGAAGCCAUAUGUGUGUGAUAUCUGUGGGCACAUGAGCUCUUUACUAGGUAAUCUCCGUACACACAUGCGCACUCAUACAGCAGAGAAGCCAUAUGUGUGCGAUAUCUGUGGGUACAUGAGCUCUCAACUAAGUAAUCUCCGUACACACAUGCGCACUCAUACAGGAGAGAAGCAGUAAGCAUGUAAUGCACAUAUAUGCAUACAGGUGCAGUUUCUCCAGUAGCCACAAUAAACAUAUAUAUGCGCACUCACACAGGAGCAAAGCCCUAUGUUUGCAAUACAUGUGAAUUCAGGUGCACUGCAUCUACUGGUCUCCAAGGACACAUACACACUCACACGUGUGAAGGACAGAGAGGAUCUUUGCGUGUACAGAUGAGAAAUGUCCAGACGGGCACAGCUUCAGUGACCAGGCUGAUGCAGUUGCUGCAACAACCACAUGUGUAUGGCUUGGUGCCUCAGUGAUUCCGCAGUAACACUAGUGUGCGAAUCGUAUGGCAGGCACGCACGCACACGCAGGUAUGAACUCGUUUUGAAUUGAUGUUACAAUUAUUUCAGAGUGGAGAGAUGGUUGGUUCACUCAGAUUUCAAAAUAUUCAUUCAUAUGUAUUCCUUACUGACAUCAUCAUUUCUUGUGUAAAACAAUAGUCUCAUGUGUAUUCUAUAAUAGCUGUGACAGCAGAACAAAUUUAUGGUUCAAGUAGACCAUUUUUAAGAAUUUACGAUAACUUCUGUAUUCAGUAGUACCAAGUAUUGAUGCAGAUGCUAACAAUUAACCUAUAUAGUUUCUAUUAACCUUAGUUACAAUGUAGUGUGUUCACAUGUAUAUUUAUUAUUCCAUUAUUAAUAAUUUCAUUUAUUAUAUAUUUAAAACAUCACCAUCUAUGGCAUAUGGCAUAUCUUUUAUAUUUUAUUACACACCUUAUGAAUGAAUUUCGACGUGUUGGAUGAACACUAACAACGUUUUCAUAUCGUAAAUAUGGUACAUUGUUAAGUUCAUUUCUUUUAAAUAUAUAUAAUAAAAGCUCAUUUAAUGUAGAAAAACGCGACUGCAAGCUAGUAAUAUCACACCAACCUUUCACACCAUAACAGCUGUAGUUAAGUCAAUCAUCUCAAUAUGUUAGUGAACGUACCUACAAGUUAUCGAUGUCCAAUAUAUUGCCAUAUGUCCAUGAGUAUGAUA